AUGGAGCCGCGCAGUGGCGGGUGCGCGCCCCAAUGGACGGCCGCCGGCAACGGGGCGGACGUCUCCGUGCUCUCAGACGCGGGCGAGACAGGCCCGGACGUGCGCGCGCAUUACUACUACGCGUGCCGGCACUGUCGCGUGCGUCUCUUCGAUGCCGCAGAGGUGCUGCCGCACGAUCCGCGAGAGGGCGCAAGGCAAACGUUUAAGUUUCGACGUGGUGGCCCGUCCCAGGGCGACGGGGAACUCAGCGGCGUACCGUCAGGCGCGUUCUCUACUGCAGGGCUCUGCACCAGCCUCUUCCUGGACCCUGACCAGACGCCAUGGGUGGCGGAAGACAUGCGCGAGGCGAGCAAACGCGGAGCCGUGGUGAAGCCGGACACAAUCUAUUGCCGUAACCCUCUCUGUCGCGCGAAGCUCGGGACGCAGUCGUGGACGGGGUCGCAGUGUUCCUGCGGUGCGUGGAUCACCCCAGCCUUCCGCAUUCACGCCCGAGUCGUGGACAGGAUGCUGUACUCAGCACCGACUUCAGUUGCACGCACCACCUCCUCACCGCAAUGA